CUUUCAUUUCGACUAAAAACUAUUCUUUCUUCUUGCCACUAACCAAUAAUAUUGAACUACUUACUAUUAACAAAUGGCCACGUUUAGCUCUACUACUAGCCCAGCCUUAGGAUCAGGCUCAUCUCCUCUGAUAAUAUCAUCCAUCCCCACUACUAACAACAACAUCCAAUUUUCAGUAUUCAUCAAACUUCCAAAACCCAACAAAUUUCCCACUCCCAAGCUUCAAUUCCAACUUUAUUUUGGUGGUAGAACAAGUAGAAGAACUUGGGUCUCUUCUGCAGCCAUGGCUACUGGGAGUGUGCAAGAGGUUCGUACACCUGCUCUUACUUCUAGCUCUGAUCCCCCAACAAUCUUCGAUGGCAAAACAAGGUUGUAUAUAUCUUAUGUAUGCCCAUAUGCACAGCGCGUCUGGAUUACGCGCAACUGUAAGGAAUUGCUGGAAAAGAUAGAACUGGUUCCCAUUGAUCUACAAGACAGGCCUGCCUGGUACAAGGAGAAAGUUUACCCACCUAACAAGGUGCCAGCAUUGGAACACAAAAAUGAAGUCAUAGGAGAGAGUUUGGACUUGAUCAAAUAUCUUGACAGUAACUUUGAAGGGCCUUCACUUUGGCCUGAAUAUGAUCCUGCAAAGAAGGAGUAUGCAGAGGAGUUGCUUUCUCAUACUGACACAUUCAAUAAAUCUGUCUAUUCUUCAUUCAAAGGAGACGUGAAUGAAGCUGUUUCUGCAUUUGAUUUUAUUGAAACUGCUCUUUCCAAAUUUGAAGAUGGACCAUUCUUUCUUGGUCAGUUCAGUCUGGUGGACAUUGCUUAUGCACCAUUCAUUGAAAGAUUUCAACCUUUCUUAGCAGAUGUCAUGAAUUAUGACAUCACUGCAGGCAGGCCUAACCUGAAAGUUUGGAUUGAGGAGAUUAACAAAGUUGAGGGUUACAAACCAACUCGAAGCGAUCCUAAGGAGAUAGUUGCUUCCAUCAAGAAGCGCUUCUCGAUGUCAAACUGAAAUCGGUGCUUCAAACCAUGGUCUUUUAAGAUGUUCUUAUUUGGCCUUUGUCUUCGAGUUGUAGCUAUAGCUUAGAACAGCUAAAUAAUGAAAUUGUUUAUAAGUUGUAAAGGACUAAAUAAUGCUAACUCAGUGGCCAUUGUAAUAAUGCAGUUGAGGAGAUUUCAUCUGUGUC